AUGGGGCAAGUUUGUUGUGUCGAGCGUGAAAACGAAUAUAAGCCAAAAGACAAAAACCAAAAAAAUAAAAAUUUACUUCCCCGUAAUGAUUUGAUUAUUGAUCUUUGAAAUUUAUAUUAAGUUGCAAAUAUUUUAAUUAAUUUGUUUAACUUAUGUUUUGGAAUGCAAGCUGUUAAAAUUUAGCAGAAUUGGCUUUUUUAUAAAAUAUAAUAUAUAUAUUUCAACUUACUCCCCCCCCUCCGUGAGUGAGCAAAACCAUUAGAAAAAUCGCCAUUUUUUGCCAAAAAACCCACCCUCCGUGAGUGAACAAAAAUUUUUUUAAUAGAAAAAUUUUUUAUGGAAAAAAGUUUUAAUAUAUAAGUGAUAAUUAGUAUAAUGAAAUCUAGAGCUAAUUCUGUUUAAUUUUGAACGAAUUGCUUUUUAAAAUAUAAAUUUUAUAAAUUAAAUUAAUAUUUGCUUUCCAAUUUUUGCGAAUUAGGAUUUUUUUAAAUUUUGAAAAACAAAUUUUUUUAUAAAAUUUAAAUAUAAAUUUUUUAAAAAAAAAAAAUUAACCCCCUCUGUGAGUGAACAAAAUUUUUUUGUUCACUCACGGAGGGGGGGGGAGUUAGAUAAAUUUUAGAAUGGCUCCACACAUCGAAUUAUUGCUCCUAUAUAUAUUCAAGCAAUAUAUAUAUAUAAAAAUUUAAUUUUCUUCUCACUCACGUAGGGUAGCUAGCAAGAUUACGUGCAAAUUCUGAUAUUCAGCAAAAAAAAAUCCCAAAAGAAGUGCCUAUUAGCCCACAAAGUGCUUAUGAUUCUGAUAUUUCAUACCAUAAUUCGUCAAUUGAUAUCAAAUUUUUUGUGAUCAGCCUCCAAUAUAUAAAGGAUAACUUAAUAACCCAAGAAGAAGUAAUGAAGAUUUAUAUUGACCAAAAAGAAAAACCCAUAACUAAGAACUCAUUAAUUUCAGCUACUCUCUUUUAUUGAGGAGAAUACACAGGCAGAUAUGCUAAUGGAGCAUAUGUGGAAAAAGGAGUUUUUCAUCAUUUAGAAUCAAUUUUAGAAGGAAAUGAUGAAACUGAAAUAAAAUGAGCCCUAAAAGCUCUAUUCCAAUUAUCGAAACUGGAAGAAGUAAAAGAUGAUAUCAGAGCUUGCAUUACUUUAAUAAUGCUAUCAAAUUCCUUAGAAAAUAGAAGCCCAGAACUUAGAAAAGAAUAUGGAAGGUUGAUUAAUGAAUUGUAUCUCUAUGACUCGAAAUAUGCAAGUAGAAAUAUUUCAAAUGAGUGUUUAAGCAAGUUGAUGACUUGCAUUUCAGAUUUUGACGAAUUAACACAAAUAAAUUUGAGAGCCCUAGUAGCAUAUAAAAAUAUAUAA